ACAGUAUUAACAUAUCAGAACUGCAGAAUACCGAGUUCGGAUUAAUUAUAGGAAAUGACGAUGAGAUGAAUUAAAAGGCAAUGUAAGGAAAAAUUCCUUUACAAAUUUGUAAGGUAAAUCUCUUAGAAAAAUGGCCGCAGAAGACUCUGAUAAAAUAAAUCUGCCGGGGAAUAUAAUUAUUGCAGAUGAAAAUAUCACGGCAAUAACCGAGACAUCAUUUAAAGAGAAACCAGUGAAAUCCAAAAGAAAAACUCCCUACUAUGGUAAACUUGUUCGAGGUCUUUUAAAUCGCAAAAGACAACGCCGACUUCAUCGUCGACAGCUCAUAUAUAAAAAAUUCAUGAAUUUUGAUGAUUUCCAAUCAAAAAUGGACAACGAAAAACCAGAUUUAAAUGAUACUGAUUCGGAAAGUUUUAGUAUGCGGAGGAGUACUUCGUACAGCGAGGCACUCAAUAUCAGCGUUAGUGAUAGUGUACAAUCUUCCAAUGUCUUUUCUGAUCCGAGAGGUCCUUAUGAACUGAGAAUAUCGUCGGAGAUGUACACAUCCGCUGUCACACUAAGACAAUCGACGGAUGAGUUAAUUUUCACAGACGAGACUAGAGAUUCGUGGGACAACAAAGUCCAGUAUUUACUAGCUGCAAUCGGUUUAGCUGUCGGUCUUGGUAAUGUCUGGAGGUUUCCUUAUCUAGCUCAAAAGAAUGGUGGAGGUGCUUUUCUACUUCCUUAUGUUAUAAUGUUGUUUAUAGAAGGUCUUCCGAUAUUCUAUUUGGAAGUAGCUCUCGGCCAACGCAUGCGGAGAGGCCCAGUCGGUACAUGGGAUCAGAUUUCUCCUUAUUUAACAGGUAUUGGUUAUUCGUGUAUAAUGGUAUCCUACAUAGUUUGUAUUUACUACAAUACAAUCAUAUCCUGGUGCCUUUAUUACUUUGCACUCAGCUUCCGCUCGGAACUUUUAUGGGAAAAUUGUCCAAAUGAAACUGCAGCUUCAAAAGAAUGUAAUCUAGCAGGACCGACUGCGUACUUUUGGUACAGAUCAACUUUAGAUGUCUCUUCAUCCAUUGAAGAAUCUGGGUCGAUGCAGUUACACUUAGAAUUGUGUCUGUUCUUUGCUUGGUUAAUAGUAUUUUUGUGCAUGAUUAAAGGCAUACAGUCUUCAGGAAAGGUUAUCUACUUUACUGCUACAUUUCCGUAUGUUGUUCUGAUAAUAUUUUUUUUCCGCGGAGUUACGCUGUCAAACUUUUAUGUCGGCCUUAAACACCUGUUUGUACCAAAAUUUGAAAAGUUAGCAAAUCCACAAGUAUGGCUUGAAGCAGCAACACAGAUUUUCUAUUCAUUAAGUCUUGGUUUUGGUGGUUUGAUGGCCAUGUCAUCAUAUAAUCCUCUCAGAAACAACUGCUAUAAAGACACAUUCAUUGUUGUUUUCGUUAACUGUGGAACAUCUGUAUUUGCCGGCAUUGUCAUUUUCUCUAUAUUAGGUUUUAAAGCUUACAAAAGUUUUGAAGACUGUCAAAGUAGACUUAUGGAAGUAACCAAGAACAUGACGAAGGAAGCUCCUUUCACUUGUGAUUUGGAUAAAGAAUUAGAAAAUACAGCUGGAGGACCAGGUUUGGCGUUUAUUGCUUUCACUGAAGCAAUAAACCAGUUUCCAGUUUCACCACUUUGGGCAAUACUAUUCUUCUUGAUGUUGCUAGCCCUUGGGUUGGAUUCGAUGUUUGGCACUCUCGAGUGCAUUACUACAAUAAUCACAGAUUCUGGAAAAUAUCCUUUCCUUCGACAGAAUCGAUUUUUUAUACCAGCUGUCGUGUGCCUAACGUCAUUUUUGAUCUCACUCAGUUUUGCAGCCCAGUCGGGUAGUUAUACGUUUGUACUCUUUGAUGAAUUCACUGGUGGAUUACCAUUGCUUUUUAUAGCAUUUGCUGAAGUUAUGUCUGUCUCAUAUAUUUAUGGUCUCAGCAAAUUUGCAGAUGACAUUCAUGCAAUGGUUGGAACACGUCCUGGUUACUUCUGGCUGAUAAUGUGGAAGUAUAUAUCCCCGCUUGUAAUGUUGAUCAUAUUAUUCGCUAGUUUAAUAAAAAUGAUAAUAACUAGCAUGACUUAUGAAGUUUGGGAUAAAGAUACGGCCACCAAAAUUAAAACAAAAUGGCCCGGAUGGUGUUUGUUCAUCGGUUCGUCAUUCGUUAUCCUUAUACUUAUUUGGAUUCCAUUAAUAUUUAUAAUAAAGAGGUUUAAUAUCAUUAAUUGGAAACCUGAUCCGAAAGUGUCUUUCCCCAAAGAUGAACUGAAGAGAGAAAAGAAUUUGCAACCAUACGUGAUAAAAGAUUGGGAGAAAAAAUAUCUUUUUAUAUUUGAAGAUCUUUACGACUCUUAAUAAAGUAUACACACAUACACACACACAUAUGUAUAUGAGUGUGUGUUGUGUGAGCAUAUGUAUAUAUGUAUGUAGAUGUGGGGGGUAAUAUAUAUAUUUGUGUGAGACUUUGUGUCUGUGUGUGUGUCCCCACCGAUGUUGGUGUGUUUACGUCCCCUUAACCUAGCAGUUUGGCAAAACAACCCGAUAGAAUAUAUAUUAUGCAUAUAUUACAUAUAUAUUUGGUCAAUAAGGGAGUUUUGUGUCUCUGCCCUCAUUUGCGCCACCUGCUGCGAAGUGGGUUCAUCUGGGACUCUCAACACGAAGAUUCCAGUUUUGUUUUGAAAACACCUACAUCCACCUUGUGUAAGUCACUCAGGCUCUUUAGGACAAUAUUAAAAAGCUGUGGGCCCCUGAAACCCAGGCUUCUGCAGGAACUAGUCCUAAAGCGCGAUGGCAUUGUUGGGAUAUUUGGCACUAUGCAAUGGCAACCCGUUCUGGUAUUUGUGUAGCUUUCAAUGCCAAAAUUUGGCACAAUCACUUCCAGCAUCUUCCAGAGGUAUAUUACUGCAUAUUUCUCCCGCCUUCGCUCCAGGGAGUAGUCUUAGCUGUUUCAAUAUUUUCCAGUAGCUGAGCUGUUGCAAUGAGACGAUCUUCUUUUUUGUGAAGCUUCACUGGAUUGCUUCAAGGUCCACUGUUAAUUUUACACUAUGGGGUGACGAUAGCUGGGAGUAGUCCAGGCGAGUGAAGAUGAAUGUCCUCCAGAGGACCGUUAUGGUUUCCUUCUCUCUGGUUCUGGAGGUUCUCAGGAUGCAGGCAGCCAGCCGUCUGCACUUUGUCGUCAUCCUGGUAAUGUGCACUUGGACUGAGGUAUCAUCACUCGUGUUGAUAUCCAGGUCACGCACUGAUUUAGAUUCUGGGAUUGUAAUCCCCGCCCCCCUGGACCAGUGUACCUUGUAAGGUUUUCGUUCAGUUUUGGGUAGUGGUAGCCCAGGAAUUGAAAUUUUCUAGCAUUAAACUGCAUAUUAUUGUCCUCAGCUCAUAUGUAAAUUGCGUCCAACUUCUGCUGCAGGCGUGCAAAAUUGCUAUGGUUUUGUAUUUUCUGUGAGACAUUCGUAUCGUGAGCGUAGCUAGCAAGGGUAGCUAUCCGGGCAGCUGAGGGCAUGUCUGAGAGGGCCAAUAUGAAAAGCAGUGAUCCCAAGACAGUGCCCUGUGGAACACCACUCACUAUUUGUGUUUUCUUUGAGGUGGCUCCAAUGACCACCACUGCCUAACUUUCAGAAAGUCAUGUAAUCAUUCUCCAAGUUUUCCAGCUAUGCCAAGAUCGCGCAGUUUGUAGCAUAUCAUACCAUGAUUAAUUAUAUCUGUGUGUGUGUGUGUGUGUGUGUGUGUGUGUGUGUGUGUGUGUGUGUGUGUGUGUCCGUCCAAAAUCACGUAGUAGGAAUGAACGGUGAAGGGAGAAGAGAGAAAAUAGUAAUUCAGUGAAAGAGUUGUGAGAAUGAUAGCCAUGCCUCAGAGGCAGUGAGAGAAAGUAAUAACAAUGAGAGAGAAGAAGUAGCAAAGAGAACGCCGUGUAUCUUCUAGUAUAAUAAUCUAAUAUAAUAAUAUUCUUAUGUAUUUCUCCGAGACAACAUAUGAAUGAGGAAGGAAGGGGUGAUCCACCGAUGGAAGUGGGAUGGUGAAAAGUCAACGGUAAAACAAAAAUCAAACAGCGCUUCAACUCUGUGUGAAUAUUUGUGUGUGUGUAGAAGGGAGGAAUGUGAAUGUUUGUGCGUGUUAUAUAUAUAUAUGUGUGUGUGUAUGUGUGUGUGUCUGUGUAUAUGUGUGUGUAUAUAUGUGUGUGUGGGUGUGUAUAUAUAUAUAUAGCUACAGAAAUUAGGAGGUAAACCUAGCUUGAUAUUAACAUAUAGGCAGGAAGACAUACACUAGCAGGAAGACAUGCACUAGAAAAUGGGUAGCACUGCAGGCACGGCCCCUUUAUCAAAACUAAUAGAAGUGGCUAUGCGUAUAGGUAUAUGUGUAUGUGUGUGCACAUGUAGAUGCACCUACAUGUUGUUGCUGUUGGUCUUCUAUUACUAGAGAUACUCCUCCUGUAUGGAUGCACAUGCAUAUCUAUUUGCUUGUGAGUGCAUGCGUGGAUGUGUGUACGUGCAUGUGCGUAUGUGGAUGUGGAUAUCUAUAUGG